GACUUCAUCAUGGAGUGUUGUAUAUAUUGCUGCUGCUUUCUUCUCCGCGUUUGUUUUCUUCCUUCUCUUUCAGCACUACUAGGGUUUAUGUUCCAAAACCCUAAUUUGAAACCAAGCUCUUGACUUAGGCGCGGAAUAGAAAUGCUCGUGCUAUUCGAAACUCCUGCGGGCUUUGCCCUAUUCAAGGUUCUUGAUGAAGGGAAGCUCUCUAAAGUUGAGGACUUAUGGAAAGACUUUUCCACUGCAGAGUCUGCUAGACAGGUGGUCAAGUUGAAAGCUUUUUCCAAGUUUGAGAAUACUUCGGAAGCUUUGGAGGCUGCUACUCUGUUGAUUGAUGGUAAAGCCAGCAAGGGUCUGCGCAAGUUCCUGCGCGCUCAUUGUGGCAAAGAUACAUUAGCUGUUGCUGAUUCGAAGCUUGGGAAUGCAAUUAAGGAGAAAUUGCAAAUUGAUUGUGUUCACAACAAUGCUGUUAUGGAGUUGAUGAGAGGAGUUAGAAAUCAGUUAACUGAACUCAUAUCUGGUCUAGCUGUACAAGAUAUGGCACCUAUGAGCUUGGGUUUAUCUCAUAGCUUAUCAAGAUAUAAACUUAAGUUUAGUGCUGAGAAGGUGGAUACCAUGAUUGUCCAGGCCAUUGGCUUACUUGAUGAUCUUGAUAAAGAGUUGAAUACAUAUGCCAUGAGGGUUCGAGAAUGGUAUGGUUGGCAUUUUCCAGAGCUUACAAAAAUUAUUCAGGAUAACAUCCAAUAUGCAAGGGCAGUCAAGUUGAUGGGUGAUCGUGUUAAUGCUGCAAGUCUUGAUUUCUCUGAGAUUUUGCCAGAGGAAGUUGAGGCAGAAUUGAAGGAAGCCUCCGUGAUAUCUAUGGGAACUGAAAUUGGUGAGCUGGAUCUGGCAAAUAUCAGAGAACUCUGUGAUCAGGUUUUAUCUCUUUCAGAGUACAGAGCUCAACUCUUUGAUUAUCUGAAAAGUAGGAUGAACACCAUUGCUCCCAAUUUGACUGCUCUGGUUGGUGAGCUCGUUGGUGCUCGUCUCAUUGCUCAUGGAGGUAGCUUGCUAAAUCUUGCGAAGCAGCCUGGUAGUACUGUCCAGAUUCUUGGGGCUGAGAAGGCUCUCUUUAGGGCACUGAAGACUAAGCAUGCAACUCCCAAGUAUGGUCUUAUUUAUCAUGCAUCCUUGAUUGGUCAGGCCGCUCCAAAGUUCAAGGGCAAGAUCUCUCGGUCGCUUGCUGCAAAGUCAGCAUUGGCCAUUAGGUGUGAUGCUCUUGGAGAUGGUCAAGAUAACACUAUGGGAUUGGAGAACAGAGCGAAGCUUGAAGCACGGUUGAGAAACCUUGAAGGCAAAGAAUUAGGUCGUUUUGGUGGUUCUGCUAAGGGGAAGCCCAAGAUUGAGGCAUAUGACAAGGAUAGAAAGAAAGGAGCUGGUGGAUUAAUAACCCCGGCAAAGACAUACAAUCCUUCAGCAGAUUCAGUUAUUGGGCAAUUGGCCUCUUCUAUGGAUGAGGAUACCCAACAGCCUUCUACUGAUAAAAAGAAAGAAAAGAAGGAAAAGAAAGAAAAGAAGAAAAAGGAGAAGGAGAAAAAUGAAGAGGAUAAAGAAACUUUGCAAGCUGACGGGGAUGCUGCCGAGGAACCAGUGAAGAAGGAAAAGAAGAAAAAGAAGAAGGAUUCUACUGAGGAUGCUGAGUUGCAGAAUGGAGACAAGGAUGCGGGUGAAAAGAAGAAAAAGAGGAAAAAGCAUGAGGAGCAAGAAGAACCAGCUGAAAUGCCAAGCAAAAAGAAAGGGAAAAAGAAGAAAAGUGAGGACUAAAUUGAUGUAGUUGUGUAGUUACCGGCUAAUUGAUCUGGUGGCUGAAGCAUUUUUGUAUACCUGUGGCAGUUAAAGUAGUUUAUUUGGUAUAAAUUUUGCAUUUUCAUGUGGGUUGUAGCUUGAUUUUUAAUGAUUAAUGGGACAAUUAUUCUCCGGA